AAGAAGCAAAGAAGAGAAGCAGAAGCAGAAGCAUUCUGAGUUGCCACAUUUCGAAAGCAGAUGCACUGUACUAUAAAUAACAGUACAAGAAUCACUUCCUCCACUCCGUUUCCAUGCUUCCAAUCCUAGAAACCGCGAGUUUCUCUAAUAACCCAUGUCAGAUGCAUGCUCCUGACAAAUUCUCAGUCCCUUUUGAGCGAGUGAGACCCAUCUAAGCAAAUUAAACAAAACCAACCACUUUUUCUAGAAUGGAGUCCACCAAGUUCCACAAGCUCCAAACAAAGAAAACCACGAAACCUCAGAAACAUCAUCGCCAGCUCCGAAAGAUCGCGAACCUGUUGCGCUACGCAGAGGUGUGCGUGGUUCUGGUCUUGGUUUCGAGGCUCUCCAUCAACCUUCCAACCACGCUCAAAACCUCAAGCGACUAUUUCCGCAACUUCAUGGGAAGUCCUCGUUUUGUGUUUUUCCUCGGAAACGUCAUAAUCAUAACGUUGUUCGCGCAGUCGGGCCAGUUUUCGAAUCACUCUUCGGCAACAAAACCUACCCCAGAGCCCGAUCUUUAUCUCGAGUUUCUCCACAACAGCACCAUGAAUCAGAACCAGAAACUUGAACCCCAUGUCGAGAAUCGCCCACUAAAGGCAAGUGGUGUAAAGGGUCAUUACAGAAGGUGUGAAUCGGAGAUUGUGAAGCGCGUGCAGGACGAGAAGGCUCGGCGCGUGUUGCAGAGGUGUGAGACUGAGAAAGUGGGAGUGGCUAAUUCUACUAAUUCGUACCCUGAAGAUCGCAUGAGCAACGACGAGUUUCGUCGUAAGGUUGAGGCUUUCAUUGCUCGCCAACAGAAGCUACGUACACAAGAAACUCUCUAAUUAAUUAAUUGCUUGCUAUGACCAUAGGAGUAUUUGUAUUGGUAUAUUGAGUGGAACCAUAUAUACCCCUCCCAUGUCAUUGCUUCGGUUAUUUUAAUAAACAAACAAACAAUCUCAUGCGAUGCAUAUGUAUACAUAACAUGUAAUUAAGUAGAUCUUAAAGUAAAUUAAUGUUUUCAUCCUAAAAUAUAUUGCAUUUAUUAGUUUGAGUUUUCA